AAGCUGCAGUGGCUGUAGCAAGCUGUAUCAUUGAACUAUAAUUAAGCGAGAGUUACGUACUUUCUGUCGGUAGAAAUGUCUCGUGCUCACGCAGAGAGUGUGAUUAAAACCAUUAUCCGUGAAAUAGUGCAGCAGUGCGCUGAGAGGGGACAUGCUGUGUCCGACACUCUGGCGGCUUUCAUGGUGAAAUCUGUUGUGCUCGACCCGAGACAUGGAUUUAAUGUUGACCGGACGCUGACCAAACAAGAUGUCCAGAAACUGGAGGAGCUGUGUCUGGAUAGACUCAUGGAGGAUUGCAGCCCGUCCCUUGACACCAUCAAAAUGCAGGUGUAUUUUGAUCUGAAUUACUCCUCUCGACGAGAGUUUCUUGAGGAAAUCCCCCGUUUGUUGGAGUCGAGGCUCAGCGCAGUGAGCAGAGACAUCACUGACAGCAGGGUCAAGACACGGGAGGAGUUAGAUGCUCUGUACCGUAAAAUCAUCACUUACAUCCUGCUGCGCUCCGGCAUGGGCUCACCUGCAGAUGUCGACGCUGUGCAAGAAGCCACAGCUGCCCUGCAGAGUGUCUUCCCUCAGACUGAACAGGGAGCCUUUGUGGUGCUCUUAAAGAGGGACAAGGAGCAGCAGCUCAAUGAGCUCACCAUGAUUGUCACAGGGAUCCAACUCUUCAACAAAGCCAGCAAGAAGAGAGAAGAGGAGACUGACCUCCAUGAACUAAUGCCUGCGGCUCUUAAUAAAACUCUUCCAGUCAUCAGUAAAAGCAUAGAAGCGGAGCUGAGGGUGUCACAAAGUUUGGCGUGGAAAUACACAACUGUGCUGGAGAAGCUAAUGGACUCUGACAAUCAGCCUGAAGACUGUGACAUGCCCAGCAUCUUACUCAAACAGGCUCUCUACAAUGUCAGACAGCAUGAAGUCUUCCUCAAAGUGUUACUGGAUGAUGCACGUUUAUGUGCCCAGCAUGUUGAAUCCCUGCAGCUGGAGCUCUCAUCACAGAUGAAGCUGCUGAAAGAAACUGUGCAGUCAAAGCCAGCCGUCCCCACUGCAAAGGUUUUUCCACUGUUCAAGGCCCUAUCAAAGCUGUGGUCUGGACUCCAGGAUGAGGCUGCGCUGCUCAACAUCCUCAGUAACAUGAAGCUCAAUCUGCAGCCUUUCCUCGCAUCUCAGGCCAAGAUUUUUUCUGAAGCUUAUCUGGAUGGCCUGCUGCGGGAGUCAGAGGUGAAGACAGAUGAACAAAGAAUGACUGAGUCUGCAGACGAGCGUAUUGUUCCAGCUGAGAUGGAGACACAGGAAUGGCUCCUGCCUGAAGCAACAGCCAGCAUUAAUCAUCUGUUGCAGUAUAAUGGAGUCUGUGGCUACACGCUUGUGAGCAGAGACGGGCUUCUACUUCCAGGUAACCCACACAUUGGAGUCCUGAAAUACAAAGAGAAGCUCUAUGUUUUUACCUCCAAAAAAGCUGCCUUGGAAUUUGCCUCCUGUCCAGACAGCUUCAUUGCAGAGGUUGCAGAAAAAGCCAAGCUCUCCCCUGAACUCAUUCAGCUCCUCAAACUCCACCAACAGUUCUCCUGCGUCAGUCCAUACUCUGAGCUGCAGCCAGGAGAGAGUUUACUAGUGAAUCCCAUCACUAAGUGUGAGAGCGGCACACAGACCGACAUCCACCCAGUGGAGACAAACAUUGUAAAGUCAUAUGAGUGGAACGAAUGGGAGCUGAGACGAAAAGCUAUCAAACGGGCUGAUCUUCUGACCAAAGCGACACACUCAGCACAGACUGAUCUGAGCCACAUGAGGCGGGAGAACGUCACGCAGACCUGGCUGCCCAAGGAUGCUGCUUGUCAAAGCAAGACAGAUGCUGAGAGCAACGUCCCCAAGCCUCAGAUCUACCUGGCAGGUCUGAGGGGACAGAAAGAUGGACGCAUGGUCAAAACGAACCUGACCAGAUCUGUGGAUAAACAGUUUGUAGCCUAA